AUGAGGCGGCCCUCGGCGAAGCUCUGCGCGGACUGCCUCCCAUGCGCGGUGCGGCGGCCCCAUGGCGUGCGGGCACCAACAUCACGGCUCCCGGUUGCGACUGAGAGACCUUAUGGCACGAGAUUAAGGACGCACUCCUCCAGACUUGUCAUCGCGAAAUGGACUGGCCGUAACCCACUUCUGCCCAUUGAUCCGAUGACGGGCGCCGUCAUGCCCGUAAAGUCGGUUUUGAAGAGGCGGAGUCUAGCUACUGCCGCCGGGGGCGUUGCGCCUUCGGAGGUGAUUUCUGAGACAAAGCCUUCAGGUCCAGUGCAGGAUGGACCGCUGAAGGAAUACGACGUGCGGGUGCAGGAGGGUCGUCUCCGGGAUGACCCAUACCAGCGAGGAAUCAUCCAGAACCUCCAAGACCUCUUCGAAGCGCUCAAGCACUACAAUGCCCCCGCGGUGAUCCACCCCAGCGUCGAGUCGCUUGACCCGCAGCCCAAAUCAUCAUUCUUCGGCUCGCUUUUCGGCUCCGGCGCCAGCAAGCCCGCCGCCUCUACGACUCCCGAGGGGCUCCCGAAGGGCCUGUACAUGUAUGGCGAUGUUGGCUGCGGCAAGACCAUGCUGAUGGACCUGUUCUAUGACACGCUGCCGCCGAAUAUCAAAACAAAGACCCGCAUUCAUUUCCACAAUUUCAUGCAGGAUGUACAUAAGCGCAUGCAUGUGGUCAAGAUGAAGUAUGGCAAUGACUUUGAUGCGCUGCCGCUUGUUGCCGCGGAAAUUGCGGAGAAGGCGAGCGUGCUGUGCUUCGACGAGUUCCAGUGCACAGAUGUUGCGGACGCCAUGAUCCUGCGCAGGCUCCUCCAAUUCCUCCAGUCCCACGGCGUCGUCCUCGUCACAACCUCCAAUCGCCAUCCAGACGACCUCUACAAAAACGGCAUCCAGCGCGAUUCCUUCAUCCCCUGCAUCAACCUCCUCAAAACCGCCCUCAAUGUCAUCAACCUCAACUCCCCAACCGACUACCGCAAGAUCCCCCGUCCCCCCGCCGCUGUCUACCACCAUCCGCUCGGCGAGGACGCCGAACAGCACGCCCGCAAGUGGUUCGAGUUCCUGGGCGACCCUAUCAAUGACCCGCCCCACCCGACCACCCAGGUUGUCUGGGGCCGCAAGAUCCAGGUCCCGCAAGCGAGCGGUAAGGCGGCGCAAUUCACGUUCGACCAGUUGAUUGGGACAGCGACCGGUGCGGCGGAUUACCUCGAGUUGGUGCGGCAUUAUGAUGCGUUUAUUGUCACCAAUGUGCCGGGCAUGAAUCUGAACCAGCGCGAUCUGGCGAGACGGUUCAUUACCUUCAUCGACGCGGUCUACGAGAGCAGGGCCAAACUUGUCCUCACAACCGAAGUCCCCCUCACAAACCUCUUCCUCUCAGAAUCCGACGUCAAAGACUCCCUCAAGGGCAAUGGCGACCACUCCGACCUCUCCGAUGCUAUGCGCAACCUGAUGGACGACCUGGGCAUGUCAGUGCAGGCUUUGAAGAACACUUCUAUUUUUAGCGGCGACGAGGAGCGCUUCGCAUUUGCGCGGGCGUUGUCGCGGCUGUCGGAGAUGGGGAGUAAGGAGUGGGUUGAGCGGGGGUUGGGGGUUGGAAAGAGCGCGGUUGAGAGCAAGGAGGAGCGUGAGGCGUGGUUGAAGACUAGGAGUCAUUGGAGUGAGGAUAAUAUGUAG